CAGGGGGUCUCACACCGCAUGAGCAGCGCGAGCUGCACUGGAGUGCGCCCCCCCCCCACGGGCUGGUGAGGGGAUGGGGGCGCAGGGACCCGGCUCUGGGUGCGCGGUGUCUGGACCCAUGCCUGUGCGUACCCUUCACGCGAUGGGGAACUGACUCAAAGUCAAACACACCCAGGCAUUGCCUCCGGUCGCCUGCUGGAGAGGACGCGAACUUGCAGACAAAGCUGGGCUUCCCCUGUACGCUCGCGGCUCCUGAGCCUGAGCCUGGGUUCGAGGCACUGUUCUCAGACCCGGGGACCCCAAGUUGUGGCAGUCUCCCUUCCCGUCUUCCGGUCCUGCUGUUCUCUGAACUGGAACACAGGACCAGUCUGGGGACCCAAAGGCCCGCGGGCCCCCUUUCCUCCCCACCAAUGCCACUCCGUGCCAGCAAGCAGGAAGGAAGUCCCGAGUGCCAGUUAAGGACAGGCAGUCUAGAAAAUAAAGUCAGACGUUAAGGUUCAGUCAUGGAGGCCGUCCCUGGAGUUCAGUGUUGGGGUGCCUCCCGGGCAGGAGGUCUUACCUCCCAUCUUGGUUAGGGAUGGAAAACUGAAGGUCUUAGAGGAGAUGGGGGACAGUGUGGGUUCAUGUCCCAACAUCACUCAGUCCCGCCUGGCUGACUGCUGCUCUACUCUCCGGAGGCCCAGGCAGCUGCCCGGGAGGUCCAGGUGGGACAGGCAGAGGACGUUUCUAUUGGCUUUCACCUUCCCCUCAGUACACCUCAAGCACAUGAUUGAUACGCUUCUGAUUUAUAUCUAACUUACAUAAGACAGUUAUAUAAGACAGGAUUUACAGUGCACAUCUAUGAGUGCACACCUCGACUCUACCUUUUACUAGAGAGGGAAGCAGCGGGAAGACCUCGGAGCUGCCAGGGGGAGCAAGCAGCCAGGCUCACAGGCGUGCUCCGCUCUCCCGGCCUUGCUGGCAUCCUCAUCCAUUCCUCUUCCCUUCUCUGCUCUCGAUGCCCGUGCUGCGACAGCGCGGUCCCUGUGCCUCGCAGCCUCGGCCACUGGAGUCCUGCACGCUGUCAUGUCAGGGGCCAGGCAGAGCUGGCUGGGCUGAGGGCGCAACCUUCUCCAGCAAGUUCAGAUCCAGCUGCGCUCACUCAUUCUUCUCUCCAGCACUGGGGACUGAACUCAGGGCCUGGGAAUGCCAGGUAACCUUUAACACUGUGUGGAAGAAAACUCACUUGAUUGCACUACCUGCCCUUGAGUCCAGAGCCCAGGGAGUAUCGGAUGUUCUGGGUAGAACCUUCUGGACAGUCACUCGGAGCCACUGUGCAGGUCUUGCCACUACGGGGGACAUCUUGGGCCUGAGAGCCCAGCACAGUGGAUGGGGCAGUUGUGGGCCGCAGCUCCGACGCAGACUUUCAGUCUUCGGGCAGGGAGAAGGAACCUGUGAGGUAGGCCCUCACUUCUUCAGGCAGCUCAGCUCUGGAAACUGUGACCCACCGGCCCAGACAGCUGGAGUCCUGGUUCACCCACCAUCCCAGGAGGAUGCUGUGGGUUUGGAAGCAGCAGCAUCAGGGAGAACGGGAGGAGCAGCCAUGGAGAGUCCGUCCUCAGAGGCAUCGGGCUCUUGCCUUGAAGGAAGUCUCACAGAUCCCAGAGGGCUGUAGCAGGCCCAAGCGCCCCAUCUCUACAGUGUCCCAGAGUCAGAAGAGAGGCUGCUGUUUUUAAAGACUUUAAAGAGUUGUACUGGAGACGACAUGGAAGAAGACCAGCUUGCAGGCCGCCGCCAACAUGCCUGCAUCCGGACAUCCUCCCUGUGAAAUCACUGGUGCCACCACUUCCAGUGUGAGCAGCCAGCAACCACCAACCCUGCUUCACGAUCUUAUGAAUAAAAUCAAAGAUUCCCUUGGGAUUAAGAAGGGGCCUCCA